CCUAUAGAGAUUUCUCAACGUCAUUUCCGGUUGUAUCGCUCUUCCGUCUGUCUCGCGCAUGUGUAGUUCUCUUUACGACUCGGCUGGCGAAGAUGGCGGAUACCCAGAAUGAAAGGUCUUAUCAGAAGCAGCCCACCAUCUUCCAGAACAAAAAGCGAGUGUUGGUCGGUGAUGCGGGUGCAAAAGAGAAGCUCCCACGUUACCACAGAAAUGUUGGCUUAGGCUUCAAAACCCCCAGAGAGGCUAUUGAAGGCACUUACGUUGAUAAGAAAUGCCCUUUUACUGGCAACGUGUCCAUCCGAGGCCGUAUUCUGUCUGGUGUGGUGAUGAAGAUGAAGAUGCAGAGGACCAUUGUCAUCAGACGUGACUACCUGCAUUACAUCCGCAAGUACAACCGCUUUGAGAAGAGGCACAAGAACAUGUCUGUCCACCUCUCUCCCUGCUUCAGGGAUGUGACUGUGGGUGACAUUGUCACUGUUGGAGAGUGCAGACCCCUCAGCAAGACCGUGAGGUUCAACGUACUGAAGGUCACCAAAGCAGCAGGAGCCAAGAAACAAUUCCAGAAGUUUUAAAGCUGUUCUCUGAACAUUUUCUGGGUUCUGUUGUAUUGCCAUGACAUGCAAGUGAAAUAAAUCUGUUCUUUA